AUGGUGGAGAAGGAUCACUGCGAGACUAAUUCUUUCACGCCAUUUUUCAAUGCUCCCUAUCUCACCACACAUGAAGAGCGUCAUAAACUAUUUUGUAGUGCUGAUGGGAAUUACCUUGUCUCGUUCUACUCGAAUGUGGUCGUCGAACACACUGGAGAAAUGCUAUGGGUCCCACCAGCGGUAUACAAGUCCAGUUGCAUAAUUGACGUAGAAUACUUUCCUUUUGAUGAACAAGUUUGCUCGCUCACUUUUGGAUCGUGGACAUUUAAAAAGGAGGAAGUGCAAAUCACCUACCACAUGGGGAAGCGUCAGAUUUUCCAAAAACGUUGUGAAAGAACACUGAAACGUGUGAAACAUCAUUAA